AUGAGUCUUUUCAAAGUAACAGAAGGAUUAACACUAUUCUUACUUUAUACAGAUGCUGAUCCCAUGAUGAUUGUAGUAAUAAAUAGCACUUGGCUAACAACAAAACAUCAUUUUUGUUUAUUUUAUAUUAGAAAAAACUUGGAAAAGCAUUUUCUUAGCAAGUAUCAUAGUGAAAAAUGGAACAAAUUUUUUGCAGCUUUUUGUUAUGCACGCAAUAGUCGAGUUGAAUCAAUUUUUGAAGGGAAAUGGGCUGCAUUAUUGCAGGAAUAUCCUGAUGCUAUUAGUUAUUUGCAACGUUAUCUUUAUCUAUAUAGAGAGGCUUGGGUAUUGUGUUUUACAUACCAUGUAUUUAAUGCUAGAAUACAAAGUACACAACGUGUAGAGUCAUACAAUAGUAUUAUUAAAAAUAAUGUUAAUGGGUUAUCUUCACUUACGGAGCUUAAGCAUACAAUUGAGAGGUUAUUAGCAAAAGAGAGCAAAUUUAUAAAGUUAAAUGAAACCAUUGGUAAGCUUCCUGUGAGUCAAGAUGAAGAUUAUUAUAAUCAUUACUUUAAAGAAGUUGACAUAUCAUGUCAAUAUUUCUUAAUACUGGCAAUUCUUAAACUCCAACGACAUGAAAUGAAUCGUAGCAUGCAUUAUCGAUGUCAUCUAUCUAAUUUGGAAUAUGAACUUAAGUAA